CGGGCGGCUUUCACACAAGGGCUAAAAAGAAAAACGCUUCGCCGCACCUCGGUAUAGUUUUGAGUCCGGCGGGUUCCCGUAGGCGCCUGUGGGUGGCAGAUGCCUUCUACGUCAUGCAGAGGCCAGGGCUUGGGGGUUGUUCAGGCGGUGGGCGGGGCGUGGCUUUCAGUUAGUUGACGCCCCGGGGAAAUGUGUCGGCCGUUGGGCGGAGCUUGGCAGGAGGAGAGAGAGAGAGAUCCGUGCCAGCUGUGCUGUGCUGUGAGGGGUUGAGGCAGACAGCUCCCUGCGGGUCACCUAGGGACAAGGCACUCACUGGGUGUCAUGGUUGCCUCAAUUUACAUGUCGUUCAUGUCAGAGGCGUACGUCUAUAGACUGCCUUUCUUGUGGCAGAAAUACCAGCACUGUGGCAAAAACACAGUAAUACAUAUAGUAUAGAGUGCUGUUAUAUACAAUACAGUAAUACAUAAUACAGUGCAAUAAUGUACAACAUAGUAAUACAUAAUAAAGUGCAGUAAUAUACAACACAGUACAAUACAUAACAGAGUGCAGUAAUAUACAACACAGUAAUACAUAGAGUGUAGUAAUAUACAACACAGUACAGGUUGAGUAUCCCUUUUCCAAAAUGCUUGGGACCAGAAGUAUUUUGGAUUUUCCCUUAUUUUGGAAUAAUUGCAUACCAUAAUGAGAUAUCAUGGUGAUGGAACCCAAGUCUCAGCACAGAAUACAUUUAUGUUUCAUAUACACCUUAUACACACAGCCUGAAGGUCAUUUUAGCCAAUAUUUUUAAUAACUGCAUUAAACAAAAUGUGUGUACAUACACACGAUUCAUUUAUGUUUCAUAUACACCUUAUACACACAGCCUGAAGGUCAUUUAAUACAAUAUUUUUAAUAACUUUGUGUAUUAAACAAAGUUUGUGUACAUUGAGCAACAGAAAACAAAGGUUUCACUAUCUCACUCUCACUCAAAAAAAUCAGACUUUCGGAAUAUUUGGAUAUGGGAUACUCAACCUGUAAUACAUAACAGAGUGCAGUAAUAUAGAACACAGUAAUACAUAACAGAGUACAGUAAUAUACAACACAGUAAUACAUAAUAGAGUGCAUUAAUAUACAAUAAAGUAAUACAUAACAGUGCAUUAGUAUACAACACAGUAAUACAUAACAGAGGGGGUCAUUCCGAGUUGUUCGCUCGUUGCCGAUUUUCGCAACGGAGCGUUUAAGGCAAAAAUGCGCAUGGUACGCAGUGCGCAUGCGCCAAGUAUUUUAGCACAAAACUUAGUAGAUUUACUCACGUCCGAAUGAAGAAUUUUCAUCGUUGAAGUGAUCGGAGUGUGAUUGACAGGAAGUGGGUGUUUCUGGGCGGAAACUGACCGUUUUCUGGGAGUGUGUGGAAAAACGCAGGCGUGCCAGAAUAAAACGCGGGAGUGUCUGGAGAAACGGGGGAGUGGCUGGCCGAACGCAGGGCGUGUUUGUGACGUCAAACCAGGAACGAAACGGGCUGAGCUGAUCGCAAUGUAGGAGUAAGUCUCGAGCUACUCAGAAACAGCUAAGAAAUUUCUAUUCGCAAUUCUGCUAAUCUUUCGUUCGCAAUUCUGCUAAGCUAAGAUACACUCCCAGAGGGCGGCGGCCUAGCGUGUGCAAUGCUGCUAAAAUCUGCUAGUGAGUGAACAACUCGGAAUGAGGGCCAGAGUGCAUUAAUAUACGAUACAGUAAUACAUAACAGUGCAUUAGUAUACAACACAGUAAUACAUAAUAGAGUGCAUUAAUAUACAAUGCAGUAAUACAUGGUAGAGUACAGUAAUACCACUUUCAGACAGAAAAAUCUCAAAUUCCCGGGUUUUUUUCCGGUUUUGUGAAGCCAGGAAAAACACGGGUUACAGUUCCUAACCCCCUUUCACACAGCACAUUUAACCCGGAUUAUUCCUGGGUCGACCCCUUUCAGACAGAACCCGUGUCAACCAUGCAAUAGACUUGAGUGUCAUAAGAAAUGGACUGUUUUUAUGGCACACAGAUGAGGUCAUGAAAAGUGAGUGGUGACUACUCAUUGCACUGCAUUAAUCAUGGCCGACGAGUUACUGCUGAGUAGCCUGGAGUUCCUGAGUUCUUGCUGUUUCACACAGCAAAUGAGAGCCUGAUGCAGCUGCUUGCACUGUGCUACCUGGCACAGUCUUAUGCCAAGAGGAGAAGGGAGCAAUUUCUGGCAGAGAGGGCUAAUACUCAACGCCGGUAUUUGCGCAGGAGGAGAGCCCUGAUUUUGGGCAGCAUUGCAUCUACCUGAGGUUUACCAGUACGACUAAUCGAUCUUUGUGGACCAGAGACCGCAGGCAUGGACAAGCUUUCUGGGCGACCGUGGAAGCUUAUCAGCCAGAGCAGUGCAUGGCACACUUUCGGACGUCGCAUGGUACGUUUUACUACCUGCUGGAACUUCUCACUCCAGCACUCACCAGGGGAAGCACCAACUACAUCAGGACCAUCGAGCCGUGCAGGAGACUGGCGAUUGUGUUGUGGUGGUAUGCAACCCCGGGGCAAUACCGCAUCAUCUCCUGCUUGUUCGGUGUUGGCAUAUCGAUGGUGUGUGUCCUAGUGCGGGAAGUGACCCAGGCAUUGCUGGAAACCCUUUACAACCGCUUCAUCUCCUUACCAAAAGGUUACCGGCUGGAUGAUACCAUAAAAGGUUUCCUGCGACGUAAAUAUCCCCAGUGUGCUGGAGCCAUAGAUGGGAACCACAUACCCAUUAUUGCCCCCAGAGACAACCCAGCCGAUUACUAUAACCGAAAAGGCUGGCACUCCAUCAUAAUGCAGGCUGUAGAGGACCAUAAGUAUUGUUUCACAGAUGUCUUCAUUGGCUGGCCGGGUUGUGCUCACAUCUCCCGGGUACUUGGCAACUCUGAAUUGUUCCAGAUUGCAGAGGAGAACCAACAUGGCUGGUUGUUCCCUAGAGAGAAAUCAAAGUUUGUUGAUGUGGUGGAGAUCCCGGUGCACCUUAUUGGAGAUGCGGCGUACCCUUUGAGGCGAUGGCUCAUCAAGGGCUUCACACAGCAUCUCCCACUCUCUCCGGAACAAGUGAAUUUCACCCACACUCUCAGCUCGGCCAGGAUGGUGGUGGAGGACGCCUUUGGGAGACUGAAGGGGCGCUGGCGGUGUCUACUAAAGCGCAAUGACAUUGCCAUCACCCUGGUGCCGGAUGUGGUUGCUGCUUGCUGUAUCUUCCACAACUUUUGCGAGAUACAGAAGGAACACUUCUUACUGGAGUGGAAUGUUAAGGACUAUGAACUGUGCGAUACUCCGGUAGAAGCAGCCUAUGAGGGGGAGAUACAGAUGUGUCCACUUACAUCUUUGCUUUUUUACCAAUUUGGCACAACAUGCAAAACACGGCUAAGCUGUUUUUCAGGAGUAGCGAGUGGAUGAAUUUAAAAAUUUUUGUUUGCCAUAAUAGAAUAUGUAUAACGUAACAUAGUAUAGAAGCAAAUUAAGAAAAAUCACAAGGCAUGGAUAAAUCUCUGAGUCUAUGGCUAGCAAAACCGUGCCAUAAAUGGCGGGAUAUAGCAAAGAUGUAUGUGGACACAUCUAAGUAGUUGCAGUGCAGAGGAAAUCCGCAACACCCUCACUGCUAACUUAACUACUAUGACACAGUAGAGGGACAAGGGAUAUGCUGCAAAAAAGUUUUGGUUUUAUUGUUGUUGACAAAGAUUUGGUUUUAUUGUUUAUGAAAAA